UCUGUUCAAGGUACACCUGCCGUCACUAUAAAUCGCCUCUCCCCCAGUGUACAUUAGGAACACUCUUGUCGGCGAGUAUCGGAUCCCAAACAACAUUGCCAGCCCCCAACAAAAUGGCCAAGUUCGAUUUCCCUUUGUUCUAUAUUUUACGGGCUGUUCAGGCAGUCUUUGCUGUCAUUGUGCUGGGCCUCACAGGACAUGCUGUAAAUGUAACUGAUGGUCAUUGGUGGGAUACCAUCAACUUUAUGCUCUUCAACGGUGUAUGGACUCUUUUUAUUGUCGUCCCAUACUUCAUCCUAGCGCCCAUCUUUGUACCCGCAAUUGCGCAUCGUUGGGUUCUAGUGGCCGUGGAUACAAUCACCAUGAUCUUUUGGUUUGCGGGUUUCAUUGCCCUGGCAGUCGACCUUGGUGAUGCCCAUGGUUGCUCAAAGUGGUCCCCGUGCCGGGGAUUGCAGGCUGCAGCAGCAUUCGGCGCUUUCAACUGGGUCUUGUUCUUGGUCACCACUGUUCUGAACACAAUGGGCGCUCUCCGAAGAGACCCUGCCCCAGGCCCUCAACCUCCUACAGCCCACGUACCUUGAGCUUGAUUAUUGUCAAGCGUAUCGCAUAUUUGAUACCUUACGCCAUGACGUCAUCGCCUAGCGUUAACCCUGAAGAAUGUAGAAUGAUGUCUUAAUGAGAUUUUGGAGCUGUUGUUGCUUGCCUUGGAUUUAUUGUUGAGCUCGUGGAUACCCACAACCUGUCACUAUGUAUAGGUGAUAUUUCUCAUGUUUUGAAAUAUUGAUAAUUAGCACAUCAUUACUCGCAUUUAAUGCUGGAUUUUUGUGCGUACCAUCCCAGAAAAGUUUCCCACUCCAUCCUUGUGCUGGCCAGGAAUCAACCCAGUAUAUUGUACUAUUUGAUAAUCAUUGUGUACCUAGGUACUCUAGCAUCUUCACAGUUAC